UGCCUUGUAGCCCACUCUCACCUUUUAACCUGAGCAGAUCAGCUCUUGAGCCGGAAAACUGGACGUGCUCCGCAAUGCCUACACAUAUAUGAUGGAGAGAACGUCUGAGCCAUCUGACGUGGAAGGAUUUAUAGGUUUAGGCGAAAUUGCUUUCCCAACAGUGAGACUAAAUACCUCGGGAUGUUUCAGUGUGUAUUUGUGUCUAUAGUAUUUCGCAUUGUUUUGGCGCGAACGGUACCAGGGAUCAUGCCCGAUGCACAUAAAACGUUCUCACUGUAGCCUUCAUUAUCUGAAACUAGACUUUUAUACAACUGGGUCCAGAACGCUGUCAGUGUGGACACUAUGCCCACGAACGUCCUACUACUGCUGCUGCUACUUGCCUCGAUGGUUGGCGCAUCUGUGAGGUCGGUUGGUCGGAGGGGGCAUGCGCUUCAGAACUACAGAAAAAUCAGAUUCAAAAGAGAAGUACCAUUGACAGUAGAAAGACAUCAAAAGGUUGGCAGCCCUAUACUGAGAAGAAUUCCAGAUAUCACCAAAAACACCAUGAGUAAUUCAGAACAGUUCUUAAGCAUAAAUGAUCACGACUUCACAAUGAGGCCUGGCUUUGGAGGACCUGCUGUUCCAGUUGGAGUUGAUGUUCAGGUAGAAAGUCUGGACACGAUCUCAGAAGUUGACAUGGACUUCACCAUGACCAUGUAUAUUAGGCACUACUGGAAAGACGAGCGCCUCUCUUUCCACAGCACAACCAAUAAGAGCAUGACCUAUGACGGGCGCCUGGUCAAGAAGAUCUGGGUGCCAGACAUGUUCUUUGUCCACUCCAAGAAGUCUUUCACACACGACACCACCAAAGAUAAUGUCAUGCUGAGAGUCUACCCUGAUGGCAAGGUGCUCUACAGCCAAAGGGUGACAGUGACAUCAAUGUGCAGCAUGGACCUGAGUCGCUUCCCUCUGGACACACAGACCUGCUCCCUGGAGAUUGAGAGCUAUGCGUACACGGAUGACGACCUGAUGCUCUACUGGAAGAAAGGGAACAAUUCCCUGAGCACUGACGAAAAUAUCUCCCUCUCCCAGUUCCUCAUCCAGGAGUUCCAAACCACCACAAAACUAGCCUUCUACAGCAGCACAGGCUGGUACAACCGUCUGUACAUCACCUUCACCCUGCGACGCCACAUCUUCUUCUUCCUGCUCCAGACCUACUUCCCUGCCACUCUGAUGGUCAUGUUGUCCUGGGUUUCCUUCUGGAUCGACCGCCGGGCCGUACCGGCCAGGGUUCCUCUGGGUAUCACCACAGUGCUCACCAUGUCCACCAUCAUCACUGGAGUCAACGCCUCCAUGCCCAGGGUUUCCUACAUCAAAGCUGUGGAUAUUUACCUCUGGGUCAGUUUUGUGUUUGUUUUCCUAUCGGUGAUAGAGUACGCUGCAGUGAACUACUUGUCUACGGUGCAAGAACGGAAGGAAAAAAAGCUAAGAGAAAGGCUGCCCUGCACCUGUGGUAUGACCCACCCGGGCAUGAUGGGUAGCUACAGCGAGGAGGACGUCAACAACACGGGGAACUACGGCUGUAUGCUUGAGGAGAACGGCGCCAUGAAGCAGCAGAGGAUGAUGGUCCAUCUGGACAUUGAGGAGAACGACCAAAUCACAGGACACGUGGGCUCCAGUGCCUACAGCAGCAUGUGGGUCGACACCCACGCCAUAGACAAGUACUCCCGGGUCAUCUUUCCUGGGUCUUAUACUCUGUUUAAUAUAAUCUACUGGUCCUGCUACCUCUAAAGAUGCACAGAAUGGAAUGGAGGUAGUUUUCCAGAUAUAGAACUUUCAAAAUACAGAAUGGGUCACAGUAUGUUGCAAAAUGCAUCAUA